AUGCGGUUGAGGCUGGGCAGGUCUUAUCUGGCUUUACAACAUCGUAACUUAUGUUGACAUCCUCAAGUUCUACAUUUGUUAUGUUUUUGAGCGGAAAGGCUUGUGAUAAUCUUUUGGAGAAUAAAUCUAACUAUGGGGGAGAGAGAGGCACAAUGGGCUACAGCAAAGAGGACUUUACAUGGUCUUCAACCACAAGAAGCGAAUAACCUUUUCAAUGAGAAGAACGAUUAUCAGGAGCUCUCAAAGAUGCAAAGCAGGCCAAACGACGUGCUAAAGUUGCCAGAGGUUUGAAGUUUUCUUCGUCAAGAAAGAGAACGACCGAGAUAAUGAUUAAAAAUAAAAUUUUGGUAAGUAAAUGUUAAUUUGCUACUAUAAAAAGGUUUUAUCCCCUCCUAUUCGUCGCCGCAAGCCGUGACCUCCUACAAAGUUAUUUUAAAGCCCUUUGUGCAAUUGAGUCCAUGUUUCCCAUUUUGCUCGACAAUACAUCUUUGUGAUUACUAGUUGAUUUUGAUUAACUUUAGUAUUUUAUUAGGAAUUUUAUGUUUCCCCUUAUGAAUUCUAGCAAUUGGGUUUGUUGUGGAUGCUUUUUUUCGUAUUAGACUCCGAUUAAAUUGAGUAUUUUGUCUUCAAUUUUCUCUUUCCUUUUAUGUACGAUAGCUAUUGGGUUUUGCGUGGAUACAUUUUUCCUAUUCAUAUUUGAUUCUGAUUAAUUACACAAUAAUUUCUAUUUGCAUCAAGAAUUCUUGCUAUUGGAUUUUGUGGUGACAUUUUUGUGAUUAGUAAUUGGUUCUCAUAAUAUGAUUGAUUAGAAUGUUUCAUCUGCAAUUAUCUCCCCUUAAGGAAUUCUAAAAAUUGUUUUUGUAUGGAUACAUCUUUGCUAUUUGUAGUAGAUUUUGACGAAUUGGAAUAAUUUAUCUGCAAUUAAAAUAAAUGAAUUGUGCUGUUAACUCCCUGAACUUCACAAAAUCAUUCAAAUCCACAAUGUAAAAAAUAAAGUUGACCUGUUUGAGAAGUGCUUGUAAACCGUUUAAUAAAUUAUAAUAGAUAGGAACCAAUAAUAGAUAAGUAGGUAGUAUUUGUGGUUCUGUAAAAUGUGUGGAUAUAAAUGGUUUGUUAUAGCUACGUCAAAACAUAAAAGUUUUCAAAAUAGCUAGCACUCAAAAGAACAUUUUGAGCGAGUACUAUAAUUAAAAUGGUUUUAAAGAUGUUAUUGAUUCCUUUAUAAUGCACUGGGGCAUGGUAGAAGUGUAAGUUUUACUUUGAAUUUUUUUCUCUUGCUGCAAUUUGUUAAUUGUGUCUAGUUGCCAACUUAAAGGACGUGUUUGGCAUACACUUAGAUUAGAGUUGUAAACAAAAAUCAAUUCAUAAUUUAGCGGAUCUUGUCACGAUCCUCGUAUUAGACCAAUUACAAUGCAGAAAAAAUGAUUAAAUUGUUUGUUUUCCUGUUAAACAAAUGUAUACUAAAUGCCCUCGUUUCAUCACUUAAUUUAUCUCUUGUGUGGAUAAUGAUUUAGAUAAUAAAAUGUCAUAUGGUUCUUAAAUUGAUUGGUAGACAUGGUUCUUCGAUCUAUAUAAAGGUUUUUGCAAAUCAAAGGUUCUUUAUUUCUUUAAAUAGAUAUUGAAAUGAGGUUAUCAUGUUACGAUAAUUUUUUUUUUCAAUGUUACUUUACAUGACUGAUAGGUUUGACCGUAUUCAUAAUGAUAGUUUGAGACUCUUUUAUUAGAAAGAACUACAAUAACCAUACUUCUGAAAUUCAUUUGUUUAAAUAAUAUAUCACAAUUAAGCUAUGUUGUUUUAUUUCCUCUUGUUUUCUUUAGUUACCUUUUAAACACUAAAUCUAAAAGUCUAUAUUGUUAGAUAAUACCACGUGUACAUCAUUUAAAUAGUCUUCAACACACUCCAUCAUUUAAAUAGGUUGAAGGGUCAUUACUUGCAUGUGAAAAGCGUAAGAUUGGAUUCUAUUAUUCUUCUAAGGACAGUGGCACACUUUUUGUCAUAAAUAAAGCAAGAGAUAUACCCGUCUACAUAAUUUAGUUAAACCUUUGAUAUUUUUACCUAUUGUUAAGACAUGGCCUAUGUUCUAAAGUUCUAUUGCUGCACAUGAUCUUAAAGUGGCACAAUCAUCUAUAUCCAGUAGUUAGAAAAGACACAUGGACUGAAGAGGAAUUAUUAGUCCUAGUUUCUUAUCAUCAAUUAUAUGGGAAUAAAUGGGUAGAACCGCAAGUUUGCUGUGUAUAUUUUCUAAUAGCUUUGAUCGUACUUGAUUUUAACAUAACAUUCUGGAUUUUAUCAUCUUCUUCCAAUAUGCUGUUUGAUGGAAGUUCAUCAUCAUGGUCAAGAUUUUUCUAGAUUGUAAUAUAUCCUCUUUUUUUGUUGCUCUGUUCUCUUUUGUAGCUUUGAUAACCUUGUGCAAAUAUAUGUAUGAGAAAAAAAGGUUUGCCCGAUUCUCUCUCAUAUUUACAAUCUUACUUAUAAGCCACCCCAAACAUGCUCUAUUUCGGUCUCGAAAUCAUGAUGAUGGGAAAUCAGUAUAUAUGUUAGUCAUAUUUUGUGUUUUUAUCAAACUUUAGGAUCACUUCAAUGUAUAGAGUAAAGCUAAUGAUAGAAGGUUCCCUUUUUUAAUCUUAUCGAAGAAUCAUUUGGGAGACUUUUGUAUCCAUGUGAAAUUUUGUUAUUGUUUUGGUGAACUAGACUAUUCCAAUUGGAGAAUUCGGAAAAGAAAAAAUAUGGUAUUUAUCGUGUUAAAGAUCUGAAAUUACCGCAUUAGCGUACUACCAUCAAUUACAUCAAUGGCCCAAUGGUAGUUCCAUAAUCAUUUCAUUUCAUCUACUUCUUUGUCAUAUUUUUUUGCUCCGAGAAAUCACUUUCACCAACUAUUUUGCACCUAAUUCAUCUUACAUGUUAGCAAAAUUCAAAGCAUAUAUUGUGAAGGAUGGGAAGGGCUUUGCCACAAGCGUUAUUCCAAUUACUUUAGAUUUGACACAUCUUUUACUGAAAAUGAUCGGUGAGAAGUUUGAGAUAUAUAUCUUUUUGAUAUUUUGAACACAAUAUAGCAGUGUGACGAUAUUUUGUUUACAUGGUUUGAGGAGUUGCAGUGAAUUUCUUUUCUAUCUAAUAAUUCUCUCGAUAGACUUAGUGGUGAAUUGAAUGAACCAAAUCCACAUAUAUUAAAAUACAACUUAGUUGCAUUCCAUUUCAUAGAUGUUAUAACGUGUGAGCCGCUAAAGGAUUAUUUAUUUUCUCAAUAUUUCAACAAAGUAGUUUAGCAUUUGUUUUUAGUCACCUUCCCACUUUUCCAUAAUGUGUCAAUCUUUCUACUUCAACAUAUUUGACCUAAUAAAAUUUUUUCUUUUAAUUGUACAAGGAAGUUCAUGGCAAUGCUAAUGUUCCGGAAUCAAAUAUAAUUCAAACAUGCAGAAAAGAUGAUGCUUUAAUGCCAUCUUUCCAUUCUUUAAUUCUUUUUUGUGAAACUGUAAUUCUUGGAGCUUAACUUGUGUCGAAAUUACUUUCAUUUGUUUAUGCUUUCUUCAGUUGCUAGAUGAGAGGGAAAGCAUAAAUGCACUGCAGUUCCUAUAAAUAUUAGAUAGGAAAAUGCUUUAUUUUUGGAUGUGUUUUUUGCCAACUAGAAAGACGUAUCUGGAUAUGUUUUACAUUUUUUGGUGGGUUAGGUAGGUGCUUUACUUAUAUUUCCUCUCUUAACCUUUGUUCUAAUAAUUGAUUUGACUUAAUGCCAUUGUUCCAAUAUUUAUUGUAUAUUCAGGUCCCGAUGUAUAUAAACAACCAAGAGAAGAAGUAGAAAUGACAGUUGCUACAUUUCCACUUCACCUCUUCAAUUGCAUCCAUGGCAAUUUCUCUCAUCGCCACUUCCAAAACCCACUACCCAAACUCUACAGGUAAAGGAUGCAAAUAUGCCGGCCAUUCGGUGAAAGCAUUGCCAAUUCGAAUACUAACUGUAGGGAAGAAGAGAUCACCGGGGGUUCAACUCAUUGUCGAUGAUUAUAUAGACAAGCUGAAGUACUAUUGCCGCGUAGAAGAUGUUCGAGUAAAGUCCAAUCCUAAAAAUGCUCGGGAUGUUAUAGCUCAGAUUGAACAUGAAGAUAUGGCUGUGAUGGAUCUGAUUAGAUCCAAUGAAUGGGUUGUAAUGUUAGAUGAGCAUGGACUCGAUGUGGGAUCCGAGCAAAUGGCUUCUUUAAUUGGGGAUGCUAGUAACAAAGGAGCUUCAAGCUUACUAUUUUGCAUAGGUGGGCCUUAUGGUCAUGGAAGGCAGUUGAGAGAGAGGGCCAAUGUAUCAAUCAAAUUGUCAUCUUUGGUCUUCAAUCAUGAAAUUGCCUUAGUUGUAUUCUGUGAGCAACUUUACAGGGCAUGGACGAUUCUCAAAGGACAGAAGUACCAUCACUAGAUACUUUUACAAAAAAAGACAGUCAAGCCAUACAGAUCUAAAGAAGUCAUUUGCCUACUUAAAUGGAUCAAUGGAAAAGUAUAGAGAAAAGAAACAAGAACUACGUUAUUUAUUUUACAAGAAUUCUAUGAUAGUCUAUUGAAGUUAUGUGGUAGGGUGCAAGGGAGAAAAUGCACUUCCGUUGCAUUAUGCAAUAAUGUUGAGGAUAUCUACUACGGAGUAGUCACCAGCUUCAGAUGCAGAGGUAAUAGUAGUCUUAAUUGCCUAUCUUAACGGCUCGUUUGGCUAGGUGGCUAAGGAGUUGCUUUUGAACAUGUUUCGAUUAUUCUCUAUUUUCUAUUUUGUGCAAAUUGUUUCCAUCUUUUAAAUUGUAUUUGGAAGUAUUUUGUGUGGCUAGAAAAACUUUGAGGAAUUGUUUGUUUUGCCUAAA